AUGCGACCCUUCACCCCCAUUUCCAGACAUCGGUCUGGUCCGCCGCCGAGAACAGCAACGCCAGUAAAGAGCAUUCUGCGGCAAACGUCUACAGUCCUUGGCCGAAGGAAAGCCGAUGAACUUGACUCUGAUGCAGCCGACCCCCCUUCUAGCCCGACCAAGAGGCGAAAAGUCCUCAUCAACGAAAUGAACAACCGCGUCUUCGAGUUUGGCGGCGAUUCGAUGGAUGAGGUGAACGCGGAAGUCCGGAAAGCGCUGGAGGAGCACCUAAUGGGGGAGGACGAAGACUACGACGUCCUCAAGGAGAAAUUCACCAACGACAAGCGGCGAUACCUGCCGCCCAUCGCCGGAGAGGAGGAGGACACCCUCAAACCCCAUGAACUGAAAGGCUACGUGCUGGCGCUGACCAGCUGCGUCCCGCUUUUGAAGAACAAGGCCUGCAAUGGCCUCGUGAGGGAAGUGCUGCAGGUGUCAUGGUUGGGCCGAGACGAGGAUUUCUUCAAAGUUUACAUCCAAUUUCUGGCCGCCCUGGUUAGCGCACAGGGAUCCUACCUGACGCAUGUGCUCUCUAUGAUCGUCGAGAAGUUCUCCCAGUCCAGGCAGUCUGAAUGGAGCGUCAGCGACUUCCCUCCUGUCAGCCGUGUAACGAUGCGUGAGCGGCUGCACACCGGCCUGCAAUACAUCCUCCAAAUGUUCCCAGCCGCCACCCCGGUUCUCCGCAACCUCCUCGACAGCAAAUUCCCCUUCGACGACGACCCUAAGAGAAUGUUUGUUGCCUACGUCAAUAACCUUUUGAGGCUGAAGGAAUACGCGGGGGAGCUGGAUCUCGACAUUAUCGAUGUUCUGCUGUCGCGGCUGGUCAAGAUUGACGUGCAGAUGCAAACGGACCUCGACGACCUUGAUGAUGAUCUGACGGCAUCCGUUGCCUACGCGCUUGGAAAGUCCUUGGGCACCAGCUCGUGGGAGGGCGAUGAAGACGCCGUGGACAAGGACAGCGACGAAGAGUCGGUGGAAAGCGAUGAUUCGGAUUUCGACGAUCAGGAAGAGAAGAUCCGCAUUGUUAAGGGCAACGUGGAAAAGCUGGACGCCAUUCUUGAUACGUUAUUCGAUCACUAUACCCCGCUAUUCGAGAACCCCGACUCGGAUCAGGCAUGGGAGCGAUACGCUUUGCUUGUGCAGUCUUUUGGAAAGAUUGUGCUGCCGACAUACAAGUCCCGCCAUACCCAAUUCCUGCUCUUCCACUUCGGCCAGAUGUCAGCCCGGCUACGAGAUACCUUCGUCGGCAGUUUGAUGCACAUCUUUGGCUCGCAAAACCGACCAAGCUUUGUUCGACAAGCAGCGGCUACCUACCUGGCUGGGUUCAUGGCGCGAGGCGCUCAUGUUCCGUCUGACCUGGUGCGGACCGUCUUUGCUCUUCUGCUCAAGCAGAUGCAGAUCUACCGCGUCAAGCACGACCCCGACGCCAGAGGACCGGAUUUGAGAAGGCACCAGAUCUACUAUGCUCAGGUUCAAGCCGCACUCUACAUGUUCUGCUUCCGCUGGCGCGACCUGAUUGUUUCCACGCCCGAAUUCGUGGACCGCGACGACCCUGCGUCAUACCUGGGCCACGAGCUGGAGUGGAUGCAAGGGAUGAGAGAAGAAUUAUCGGCCAGCGUAUACUGCAAGAUGAACCCUCUCAAGAUCUGCGCACCCGCAAUCGUCGAGGAGUUUGCGACACUGGCUCACAAGCUUGGCCUAAUGUACAUCUUUCCUCGCGUGGAAGAGAACAAGCGAAUUAGACUGUCGCAGUUUGUGUCAGACACAUAUGGUACAGGCGGUGCCCUUAGAGAUACAGGCUCUGGAGCCCAGGAUGAGGAGGCAUACCAGCUCGAUCCCUACUUCCCCUUUGAUCCCUACCAGCUACCUGUGAGUAAGCGGUGGGUUCAGGACGACUAUGUACACUACCAGGCUGUUCCGGGCCUUAACAUGACGGCGGAUAGCGACAGCGACGAGGACGAUGAGGACAACAUCCCGGAGACGGAUGUCGAGGAAGACACCGCCACCGCCAGCGAGGACGAGGACGACGAAUGA